AUGAGCAAGUCCCUUACAUUCUCCUCAGCAUCCAACUCUUCCACAUCACCAGAAGACAAGAAGGAGUCAUUUUCAAUAAGUAAUUCCAGAUCAGCGAGUGUUAAGAUACCUUCAAAGGUUGACUCUAAACCUCAGUCUGGUCCUGUACGAUUUGGGAGUGUCAAGACUGGGAGCAUUACAACCUCCUCCACUACUUCUGUAAAGUCUGGUAGCGUCACCACUACGGCUUCCAGCAAGUCGGACAGUAUAUCCCAGUCUAGCAGCAGCUGGACCAAGCCCCCAGGUGUGACCCAAACUUCUGUGAGUAGGUCAGCCACGUCAACGACCCCUUCUUCUUCCAGCAAACCAGACAGUAUCAAGAACCUAGGCUCAAGUGUGACUGAGGUGAGCAAAGACUCUAAGGUCUCUCCCACUGAGGGAGUCAAGAAAGACUUCGGUCGGGUUCAGUCAGUGAAGACCCCAUCAUCAACACCUGACACCACCCCAGCCUGGAAGUCUUCCAGUGUGAAGACAGCAAACAAGGCACCUGUGCAAUCGGCCCAAUCUUCCAGUGAUAAGAAGGAAUCAGUCCCAGCAUGGCGGAGUGGAAUAAACAAGCCUGCAAGUAAGGUUACCAUCGAGAUCAUCGAGAAGGAACCCAAACAAGAAGUGGUCUUGAGAAAGAAGAGCCCGCCCGCUGCCUCAACACCCGAGGCAGACUUGUGUCGAGACAGCUCCUCCAACCGCUCGUCCCAAAGUCCUGGACAUGGUGAAGAGCUUCCAGAAACUACAAGUUAA